AUGACAGUGUCCGCAAUCGACACCAUGUACUUUGCGCUGCUGCAAUAUACCUGCGGUAUGCUUACUAUAUUAAGUUGGAUAGCACAGAGCAUAAUAGAUCACAGUUCUGAGCUUUCUACCGCUGCGUAUAACGGAAUGUGGUAUCAAUCAUCAUUGAAGGCAAAAAAGAUGUUGUUGUUUCUAAUAGCGAAAUGCCGAAAGCCAUAUCGCAUAACCUUGGCCAAAUUAUAUGUAAUCAGUUUAGAAGGCUACAGUAUGAUGAAAGAACUUCUGGAGAAUGUCGAAGAGACUUGGAAGAUGAUACAAGUGGGUCCAGAAAAUGAAAUAUUACGAAAUUAUGCGGAACAAUGCAGAAUUUAUACGAAACAAUAUGCCGCUGCGGACUGCAAAGAUUACAGCAGCAAUUGGUACAUGAUUUCGCUGAGGUCCAGACAACUAUUAAAAUUCAUGUUACUGCGCACUAUUAAACCGUGCCAAAUAAAAACUGGCAAAAUGUACGUUAUGUCAGUGCAGAUGUUUAGCAAGAUCUUAUAA